AUGUCACAACUUGCUCCAAUCACUUUGGCCAUCUUGCUUCCCAUCAUCUUCAGUGCCACCGUACCUCCACAGCUUCGAAGCGACGAAGACAAAGAUGUAAGUGUAAAAUUUGAAACGAGAAAAGUUUUAAAAGUGUGUAUUACAGUAUUUUCUCACAGUAUCUUUCUUAUUUAAAAUAUACUUUUUAAUUUUUGCUUUUAAAAAAUCAAUAGUUGAGUUUCGUCAUCAAAAUCAAUAGUUGAGUUUUGUCAAAAAGGUAUAUUUUGUGAGAUUUCGUCAAUUAUUGAUUUUUUUUAAUUUUUAAAAUUAUGUUUUUAAAUCGAUAUUGAUAUUGCAAAAGAUUUGUUAGAAAAAAAUCAAUAAUAGUGAAACGUAACGUUUUUAGGACGGUAAUGUUUGGUGUCCAGCUCCAGUGGUAGGCCAAAAGUGUCCCAGUGGCUCUAUCUUCCAUUACUACUACUGUUGUGGUACAGCCAGCAAGGAUUGUUGCUCUGGAUUGGAGGUAUGGUUACCUAAACUUUAAAAUUUAAAAAAAAAUUAAUUUUAAAAAAAAAUUUCAAAUUUUUUAAAAAAAUUUCAAAUUUUUUAAAAAAAUUUCAAAAUUAAAAAAAAACUAAAUUUCAAAAUUUCAGACCUGGUUCGUCGUGGUCCUCGUGUUCCUCGGACUGUUGGUCCUGUCAGCCAUCGUUGUUGGUCUUAUGCGUUUCAUCAAGGGAAGACGUUGA